AUUGAAACACUAUGAGUUGGUAAUUAAAUUUGAAAUAUACGGAAAAGAAGAAGAAAAUGGAGAUUCAUGAAAUAAAAUCAAUAGUUGACUCUUGUCAAAAGAAAUGGAAUAUUGAAGAAUUCAUACUCAAUAUCGUCUUGAACGGAUAAUAAGGAUUGGGUAAAGGAUCACGGCAACUAUUGAUUAAUUUGAUCAUUAGUCUUUUUGCUUUAUUGUAAUUUCGUAGAUAAGUCAAGUUCAAUAGAUGUGAGGAAGCAACUUUCGUCUUCUUCCUAACGAUCCAUCUCCAACAUACCUACCUCUAGAGACAGUACCAAGAAUCGAAAAGAUGUCGAAACUACGUGUAUUAGUUGGAGUAAAAAGAACCUUAGAUUACAUGCUAAAGCCUCGUAUUAACCCAGCUAAAACUGGUGUUGAUUUGACCGGUCAAAAGAUGAGUAUUAAUCCAUUUUGUGAUAUUGCCGUUGAAGAAGCGAUUCGCAUCAAGGAAGCUCAUAAAGACCGAGUUGAAGACACUCUUGUGGUGACAGCAGGUCCAAGCGCAUCGGAGCAAAUUCUUCGUCAAAGCUUAGCGAAAGGAAUACAAAGAGCAUCUUUAAUUGAUGUAGGGGAUAAAGAGCUUGAGCCCCUUUCCGUAGCCAAGUUGCUGAAAGCUACGGUUGAAAAGGAAAAAAGUAAUCUCGUAAUACUUGGAAAGCAAGCAAUUGACGACGAUGCUCAUCAAACAGGAGGAAUGCUCGCUGCUAUGCUUGGCUGGCCCCAAUUUACUAGUGCUAGUAAGGUCGCAUUUGAGGGUGAGAAUGUUAUCGUCACGAGAGAAAUUGACGGCGGUGCGGAAACACUUUCUAGUCCAUUGCCUGCUGUUAUUACCACAGAUCUCCGCUUAAACGUCCCAAGAUUUGCCAAUCUGGCUAAGGUGAUGAAAGCCAGAAAAGCACCCCUUGGAAAGUCGACCCCAGAAGAACUUGGUGUCGCCAUUAAGAAUAGAUUACAAACUCUUUCUGUGGAAGAGCCGGUUUCUAAGCGUCAAAAUAUCAUGGUGAAGAAUGUUGACGAAUUUGUCAAAACCUUGAAGGAACUGAAAGCUUUGUAAUGUAAGUUUUGAGAAGAUGGUUCCUUAACGAUCGAUUUUUUUGAUUCGUCUUUUUUUUUGUUAGCCACAUAUGUUUCCUCUAUUUACCAUUUUUCUUAAUACUAUGUUGCUCAAUUACGUCGACAUCCUUUUACUUUGCCAUGAAUAUAUACUUUGGAACAUUCCGUUCAAGGCAUUGCUACAAACGAAAGUUACGCAGACGCGAUCAAUCUUCUCCUUAAUUCGAAAUGAUAUUUAAUAGGUAAUUGAUUUAUUGCUUCUCUAUCUAACUUAUGUAUCAUCUUUUUGACCGUCCUUCGUUUUGAUCUUCUUUUGUCUCUUUUGCAAGAUGUGAGUCUUUUGGUUUAUUUUUUCUUUAGCAAGAUCAGUUUCGUAGUCCUUGUUUUUUGCUGGGAAUAUUUAGCUUUCGUUUGUACAGUGAGCAUACCACCAAUUUUGUAUCUGUUUUUUCUUUGAAAAAUGAAAAAGCUAAUAAAUAAAAUUAAAAAGAUUUCAUUACUGGCAAAGUCGCCUA